AUGCCGCUCAGGCUAAGGGGUAAUGGGAUCAGCGCAGCUGUAAAUGGAGAAACACACUUCACGGUCACCGGCCGCGAGCUGACUUCCCGUACGCGUCGCUACCUGUUAAAGGACCCUGCCCCGCCCCCGUGCUUCACGCCACGCGGCGUGUUGCUAUGUUUCAUUUUGUCAAAGUUACAGAGACCACCUAUACUUAAGAACACUGAGGAUUCAUCUCCAGAUCAAGUAAGUAUCGAAAGUCAGCCAAUUUCAUCUCAAUCCUCAUCCACUACUAUUUCAUCUGUAUCGUCAACUGAAGAUCCUUCAUAUGUUAUUGAAGAAAAAAUGGAAGAAGAAUUAGAAUUUGUGGAGUUGGAUUUUCCUCGAAUUGUUGCUACUCACAAAUACUAUUGCAUUUGUGGAUCAUCAUCAAAUAUCAAAUCUGUUCCAUUUGAAGUACGCAAACAAGUGUUUUUCAAAAGACAACUCCUUAUUCCCGAAGGAAAUCGGUGUUGUAAAGACCAUCUUAUAAAAAAGCGGUUCUACGAUGAAGACAUUAACAAUUUUCGAAUUUAUUCGAACACCAGUGUAUUUGAAGUUCGUGAUUUGRAAAAAUUACUGGGGYAGCUCGYUAUUGGUAUUGACUCGUCCAUAAUUGAUAAAAUUGGAGAUCACUCGUUUUCAGAAAAACAGUUAGAGGCAUUUACUAGUCUUACCUGGGAAAAAUUGAUAAAACUUCGUGAAAAGUUAACAUCGAUGAGAAACUCAGUGAAUCGUAAUAUCGUUCAAGCUCUUGUUAUUUUUUUAUUCAAAUUACGAACCGGAAAUUCGAAUGCAGUAAUAUCUUCCGUUUUUGGUUUAGUUCGGGAACAAAUUGUAUCUGACUACUGUGAUGAAGUUAUAUCUUCGUUUGAAAAAGAUGUUUUAUCUCAGCAUUUUGGAAUUGAUGCUAUCAGUAGGGAGACAUUACUCACUAAUACGUCAAACACUGUUAAAAAAUUGUAUCAAGUAGAAGAUGACCAGUUGAUAUUCAUUUGUGAUGGAACAUAUAUUCGUCAUGAAAAAAGUGCAAAUAACGAAUACCAGAGGAAAUCAUAUUCUGGUCAAAAAAAGGUUCCUUUGUGUAAACCAUUCACGAUAUGCACUACGAAUGGUUUCGUUAUACAUAUGCUUGGGCCAUAUACAGCUAAUAUGAACGAUGCUGAAAUUAUGAGAGUGAUCUUAAAUGACCCUAAUGGUCUGAUUAAAUUGCUGAAAAAGGAUGACAUUAUUGUGGUUGAUCGUGGCUUUCGUGAUGUGAUUGUAUACUUAGAAGAAUUAGGGUUCAAAGUGCUAAUGCCUGCUCUCAAAGGAAAACGCAAUCAGUUGACCACAGACGAAUCGAAUAAAUCCCGUUUCGUUACCAAAAUUCGUUGGGUUGUUGAAGCAGUACAUAGCAAUAUUAAACAGAAGUUUAAGCUAUUAGAUCAUAAACUGGAUAACAAAUUGCUUCCAAAAACUAGUGUUUUUUGUCGAAUCGCUUGUUUUUUGCACAAUGAAUUUGGAACAAGACUUGAUUCUGAUCUUGAUCUUACAGAAAAAAUAAUAGCUGCCAUGAAUUCAAAAAAAGAUCAAGAGAAUACUUUAGCCUUGGAGAUAGAAACUAAUCGUUGGGCCAGAAGAGAAGUUCCCUUUGCAAUAAUAACUUCAGAACAAUUAACUGACUUUCCAGAAUUAUCAGAGCAAGAACUCAAAAUUCUUUUCACUGGAUCAUAUCAAAUGUCUCAAGCUCAAGAUAAGAACGAUAUUUCCGGAAUAACUGGAUAUUGUUGUGAUUGUGCGAAUGGUAGACGCACUGUUGGAUGUUGCUCUCACAUUGCUGCUAUCAUAUAUUAUUUAUCUUACGCUCGAUAUUUGGUGAAAAUUGUAAGACCUGCUGAGAUCCUGAGUCGCCUGUUCAUCGAUGAAAAAAUUAGUGUCGUAGUGAAUGAAGACAGUGAUGAAGACUAA